AUGUACUUCAGCAAGUCCCAAGUCGCUGCCCUUUUGUUCUCGGCCUCGACGGCCACAGGCAAGGCCAUCCUGAGCAGCCGCCAGUCCGGGGUUGAGGAUCUGGGUUGGGGCCCUAUUUGUGGCCUUCAGCCUACCAACUCCGAGAUCGUCAGCACGACCAGCACCAUCUACCCAGGAAAGAUGCCCCAGGGCCAGAAGGGUUUCAUGUUCGCGUGGAUUGGCAUCCAGGGCACGUCCAGCUCAGGAGCGCAGGAGGGAGAUCUGAUCCAGAGUAUUGUGGGCUCGUACCCGGCCGGCUCGAGCGAGUGUUCCGGCGCCGACGCCGACACCACCUGGUGCAUCUCGUCCGAGGUCUACGGCAAGGACAGCUCGGGCUCCCUGAUCCAGUUCGUCGGGGACAAGCGGACGGCCGACGUCAACUACGAGAACGGCAUCGUCUUCAACUACACCCUGGUCGACAAGUCCACCUACCUGUGGGAGCAGACCAUGACCGACGCCGUGACGGGCGAGAUCCUGGCCACUUACCAGAAGACGUCUGGCGCCAUGACCCUCUGGAACACGGCUAUCGAGAUUCAGGACUCCAACGGAAACGACCCCAGUGGAACAACCGAGCCUCAGUACUACGUCAACACGACCAUCACCCUUGCUGAGGCUGACAAGUCCUACUCCUCUGGUAUUUACAGCCAGAACGGUGCGACUUACACUGACAUGACCACCACCGAUGACGGCAAGACUUGGUUCAUCGAGAAGAUCACAAUCCCCGCCAUGUCUUAA